AAAAGUCGAUAUAGAGCGCUCCACAAGAAUGGGCAGUAAUGGCGGGCCUAUCAUAAAUCAUCAGCUCCUCCACAACAUCGCUGAAAUAAGGAAUUUUCCCAGCCUAAAAAGUGAUAGACCCGUGCCCUCCACUCUAACUGCCAGAGAGUAUAUUUGGAACCGCGUUUCUUCAAUCCAUCGUUCAAGAAAAGUUGCUGUUUCCACAUGGCUGAUCCUACCUUGUGCGUGAGUUGGAAAGACCAUGCCAAUGAAGUUGCUAGAGGAUGGAAGACUAUACUAGAGAACAAUUCUUUUGUGGAUUGCACAAUAGCUGCUGAAGGGAAAAGUCUGAAGGCUCAUAGACUGAUUUUGUCUGCAUGUAGUCCAUACUUCCAUAUGCUGUUCAGCGAGGAAAGCGAGAAACAUCCAAUUGUUAUUCUCAGAGAUACGUCAUUUUACAUGCUUCAAACUCUGAUUGAUUUUGUGUAUAAUGGAAAAGUAGAGAUUCCAGCUGGUCAGUUGGAAACCUUUUCAGAACUUGCAGUGUCCUUGCAGAUUAAAGGCCUUAAUAAUCCUCUUCAUAAAGAUAAGACAAUUAAUAUUCCUGGCAAUGCUGCUGGAGAAAUUCAUCAAUGUUCAUCCAGGUUUAUUCGAGUCACCAGUAGAGUUGAAAAUUCAUUGCCAAGUCGUGAAGAUAGCUUCUCAAUUUCUUCCCGACAAUGUCAUUUUCGUUCUUCACAAGUCAACCCAAACAAUACGUGGAAUGUCACUCCUUUUCUGUUUGAAGGAUGCAAUGACUCUGCUGAAGUGGUACAAUCAAGAGCAGCAAUGAUGGCUGUGCAAAAUCAUCAAAGUUAUCCUGUGCAUUACAAUCCUGAUGUGCUUUUAAACACAGAAACAAGUUUGAAACAACAUUUAUUUUCUGAAAUAAAUAUAUCGGAGACAAGAAAUGAAGUAUUAGAUGAUAAUCUCGUUGAAUUCAUGACUGGGAAUCCGGAGGAUGCAAUGAGUCGUGGAUGUGCUCUGGCAUUUGAAGAAAAUAGUGACCAAUUUUCCAGAAGUAGGGAGUCUCUUCAUUCAAAUGUAAAUUCAGCUUUGGUGAUACUGCAGCAGGAGCAGCAGCGACAGCAACAACAUCAAGAGCAGCAAUUACAACUGCAACAGGAAGUUAAUGAGCAACAGCUGCAGCAAACAAAACAACAACCACCACCUGUUACUCAUUCAGCCUGCGAGUUGUCUUUAGCUCCAGAGCUGUCCGAACAAAACAACGAGUCACUACCUGAACUAUCAAUGCCAUUGAGUAAUGAAGCAGAUGAUUCAGAGGGAGAAUCCACAAAUACCUUGGAUGUGCCUGGAAACGACACUGAAGAAAUGGCUGAAGAAACAGAACUUACCCAUGACAAAAAUCUCAAUCCCAGCUCUGGCGCAGAGGGAUCUCCAACGCCACAGGACGAGGACCAGGAACAAGACAAGGGCCAGACGAUGCCAGAGGGGUCUGCUAACAGCGUCCCCCGUCCCUCUGUCCCCUCAGCGCCGGAGCUGCAGGCUCACGUGCGCCUGAUACGGAUGCCGACUCUGCAAUGCCGCGACUGCGACGCCAUCUUCGCCUCUUCGAGGGCCCUCGAGGACCACGAGCGCCAGCACUCGGGAACGCAGCCGUUGCGCCGCGGCGUCUGCGGAGCAUCUUCCACCGCGACCAGCGACCUCGUGCCUCCCACGCUGGAUGCAGAGCGCCAAUGUUCCAAGGCUCUCGCACUUGACAAGCGGCGGCACAAGGUGAAGAGGCCUCAUCCGUGUGACGUGUGCGGGAAGGCUUUCACUACCGCAGCAGCUGUCGCCCUUCACCAGCGCAGGCACAAGAGGGAGCGAGAGCGUACGCACCCACGCGACGUGCCCAGAAAAGCACUUGAUAAAGCAGCUACUCGUGCCCUCCACAAACGCAGGCACACGAGGAAGGGGCUUCAUUCAUGCAACGUAUGUGGGAAGGUUUUCACGGCUCAAUGCCACCUCAUCAUUCACAAGCGCAUACACACAGGAGAACGACCAUAUGUGUGCAGUGUGUGCGGGAAGGCUUUUAAUCAGACAAGCGCACUCACCAGGCACGAGCACAGCCACACGAGAGAGCGCCCGUUUUCAUGUGAUGUGUGUGGAAAGGCUUUUAGUCAUUCAGGCAACCUCACCACGCACAAGCGCACGCACACGGGAGAGCGAUCAUAUUCAUGUGAUGUGUGCGAAAAGUCUUUUAGACAGUCAUGCCACCUCACCAGGCACAAGCGCUCGCACAGGGGGAAGCGAUCAUAUUCAUGUGAUGUGUGCGGAAAGGCUUUUAGUCAUUCACGCAACAUCACCAGGCACAAGCGCUCGCACACGGGAGAGCGAUCAUAUUUAUGUGAUGUGUGCGGAAAGGCUUUUAGUCUGUCAGGCACCCUCGCCGCCCACAAGCGCACGCACACGGGAGAGCGAUCAUAUUCAUGCGACGUGUGCGGAAAGGCUUUUAGUCAGUCAAGCAACCUCACCAGGCACAAGCGCUCGCACACGGGAGAGCGACCGUAUUCAUGUGAUGUGUGCGGAAAGGCUUUUAGUCAGUCAGACACCCUCGCCGCCCACAAGCGCACGCACUCGGGAUAGCGAUCAUUUUCAUGUGACGUGUGUGGAAAGGCUUUUAGACAGGCAUGCCACCUCACCAGGCACAAGCUUAUGCACACGGGAGAACGACCAUAUUCAUGCGAUGAGUGUGGAAAAACUUUUAAUCAGUCAGGCAGCCUCAACAGACACAAGGUCAGGCACACGGGAGAGAGCGCGUAUUCAUGUGAUAUGUGCGGAAAGGCUUUUAAAGAGUCAAGAGUCCUAGUCGCGCACAAGCGCACGCACACGCACACGGGGCAAUGACCAAGCUGCGACGCGUGCUCGCUUCGCUUCAAUAGAAAGCCCUCGAUGAUGUCUCACUGGCAACGCUUUCACGUGACAGUGAACUGCUCCUGUUCGUGCCUACUCUUACAGGCCUCGCAAGAUUCUAGAAUGUGUGUACACUGGUCAGUAUAUGUCAACUCACCCAUGACAAGUAAAUUUCAAUGAAAAUCCAUAUUUUUACUGAAAAUGUCGUAAUUGACGAUGGAUUGCUCUUCAAGAAAUUCCACUGGAUUUGAAGCAUUCAAGAUUAUAAAUUUGGAAUGAUUGUACAAAAUCUCAAUUUUUAUAUGAUAAUAUUGACUCAAAGAUAAUAUAAUGACAAUUAGUCAUUGUCAAUACC